UGGUAGACAAAGACGCCACCGGAAGUGACGACACACCUACUGCCAGUCAUCGCUAUUGCUAAUGGAGUGCUUUUUUCCGUUGUUUAUGUAGCCUUCCUACCCUGUGAAUCAAAACCAUGACUUCUCCGGGUGAUAAACACGGCACUAAACGACCGGCGUCCUCGAGCGAAGAUGAGUCGACCCAGUGGGCCUCCGCUGACCUGGGAAGUGACGAGAGGAAGCAGAAGUUUCUCCGGUUGAUGGGCGCCUCCAAGAAAGAGCACACUGGACGUCUUGUCAUUGGCGAACACAAGUCGACGGCACACUUCCGCAGUGGGACGGAGAACGAGCAAAUCAGCGAGCGCCUCGAGAUGCAGUACCAGCGAGGAAUGGACGAGAAGCUGUCGGGACGCAACCGGCGACAUCGCGGACUCGGCUUCAGCGAGCCAGAGUUGACCGACGUCCCGCCCGUGUCCGAAAUGCCCCCCAGCGAGUCCAAAGACCCCAAGGACAAAGCGUGUGACACUAAGCCGACAGAGACGGUGACAGAAAAGGACAAAAGCCCGGAAAAAAGUGGGGCUGCCGAAAGGAAAAGUGUUUACAAAAUGUCCUUUGUUAAGUCAUCAUAAUAGGAGCCAUUGAAGGAUCCCCCCCCCCCCCCAUUACAGUGUGCAUUUUUUUGUAACGUGUCCCAGAAUCACUUAGUGGUUUUGUUAAAAAGGAGACAUCAGAAGCAACGGGUUUCCCCUUAUUUGUUCAUUUAUUUUGUAAAGUGGACAAUUGGUUGUCCUUGUUAGUAGCAAAUACAUUAUGUUACCACUAGGUGAUGCUAGAAGCCGGUCAAACAAUUUCAUCAAAAUAAUAAAACUAUGUUGUUCUUCGUGCUGAUUAAGUGUUUGUUGCAUUUUAGUUUGAAAAUUCACUCAGCGGUCCUUCACUGGGACUGCGGUCAGAGUCAGUGGUGGUGGUCACGGGCUCGCAGCAGCAGCUUUGGCUAAAGGGAAGAAAAAAUAUUUCUCAGUCAUGGAACUGAUCUACAGAUAGAAAAGAGUCGAGUUUGACAUACCAUGUUGGAACAGUGACUGUACUUAAAAAUAUGUAUUAUGUAUUUUUUUAAUUUAAAAUGUAUUGGAACAAAUGUC